AUCCCCCCCCCCCCCCCCCCCCUCUUCAGUUGAUAAAGCCACCUCCUCCACUACUCACUUACCAUUAAUUACACCUUUCCGCAUAGGGGAAAUGUCUUAUUUCACAUCUUCAAAUGGCUCCUGCUCCUCUUGGACAGCCAAACAAAAUAAGCUAUUCGAGAAGGCCCUGGCUGUAUACGACAAAGACACCCCAGACCGCUGGCAAAAUGUGGCCAAGGCCGUGGGUGGCAAGUCUCCUGAAGAAGUUAAGAGGCACUAUGAUCGUCUCGUGGAAGAUCUCGUGUACAUAGAAUCCGGCCAAGCCCCUCUGCCGAAUUACAAGCCCUCUGGCAGCAAUGGUAGAGGACUUGUUGAAGAGCAAAGGCUUGCGAGGAACUUAAAGCUGCAAUGAAGUGAAGCACCAUAGAGUCCAGAUCUGUAGAAACAACAUGCAUGCAAGACAAGUAUUAAAAAAAAAAAGUGAAUCUAGUUGCUGGCUUGGUUCUGUCUAGCGUUAAUUACUGUAGUAAUAAUGAACGCAACAUGAACAAGCCAUGUGCGAUUCAAACUUUUUAAGCUGGUGUGUGUGAUGUAUCUAUUCUAAUGGUGUUUUCCACUGUUAAUUAUAUAAAAAAAUCGUGUGUUCUAUAUA